GUAUCGGGUGGAAGUACGUGCGAAACCAUACCCCAAAGUGCGUGCCCGUACACGAUGUCCACGCGUACAGGGAGUUUGAUGCAGUUCGUUCCAAAGCAUUUAACACGUGACCACCCUGAUUACGACGCCAUGGUGCCAAAAGACGCAAGGAACAAAAUAAAACUCUACUGCGCACACCCAGAUUGUUACUCGAACCCGUGUAACAACGGAGGAACGUGUACGGAAACUUUCGAUGGGCAUACCUGUUCAUGCAAUGCGGAAUAUGCGGGAAUACAUUGCGAGAAUCCUAUAUGUCCUUCAGAUUGGAUAUAUGCGACCAGGAAAUGCUUCAAGGUCGUUGAUCCAUCCGAUUUAGUGGUGAUGCAAGAUGCUCUUGAUUUCUGUAACAACAUGGGUUUUGUGACCUUGGGCAAUGGACAACAGGUCGAGCCCUCUUUGGUCUUCGUGGAGAACAGCAAUGAGUACAACCUCCUGGACUCGUACGUGGAUGGUACUUGGAUGUGGAUGAACUGUCGUAAAAUUGGUGGAAUAGUGUCGUGUUACAAGGACAGACAUUUGACUUCAAGUGACUACCGAAAUUGGGAUGCCGGUGAACCAAGCAACUUUCCUGCUGAAACGUGUGUGACAUUGGAGAUGACGAAUGGAAAGAUGCAUGACUACGACUGCCCUUCCGUCGCAGCACACGUAUGCCAAAUAGUCAUAGGCUAAACCAUUAUUUGGAUCAAUGAAUACAGUUCAAGCUAAGAGAAAUGCAAUCUAUGUGUAAACAUGUCGCGGUACGUUUAGAGUCAAACAGAAGCUAAUUUCAUGUAACAGGAAAUUAUAAUCUGAAAAAAAAAUUAUAAGAUCUUUCGGUCACACGGUGUCAAAUUCAAGGCCAUAUAGGGUCAUUUUACAGUGAGUGGCCACACCCACUAACUGAAUAUAGAUAAAGGAAAAAAAACAUUAUUGAACAAAAGAAUACAUGAUGACGAAAUCAUAAAUGAGUAUUGAAAAGAGCUUUUUGAAAUAUGGAUUACAUGAAAUCCUUGAUUAUGGUUAAAAUAUACUGGUAAAUAUCCUAGAUAAAAAGAAAAAUGUAUUUGAGUACGGGUGUAUCAGAAGUUCAAGGCAUACGAUACAGUCGAUUUUAAGUAAGAUUUUUGCAUCAUGUCAAUGAGCAUCACAAAGUUAUCAUGGUUUUCAAAAAAAAAAUCAUAAAAAAUGGCUGCUGUUGCUUACUCAUAGAACCAUAAGGAAAUUGUUUAAAUGUACACUGUAAAACUGUGGUGUUAAAACUGACACGAAUUGGUGUUAAUAGAGGACCACACCC